CGACCAUAUUACCAAUUUACCAAUUACAACAUCGCCUCAUCGACACUUCUUCAAUCUGCAGUACGCUUGCUCCUCGUGAUAUGCCGCAUACCGGAGCAACUACGCGAAACUCCAUGAUAUAACCAUUUAAUUUUGCAUCCCACCCGCGAUGCCAGCUCCCGGCGAACAGCAUAACGGCAUUGCCAAUCCUUUCGAGGAGGCCAGACCUCACAUCUCCGAAUUCACUGCUACUCAGAUUGCUACCCUGCAAUCGCGUCUAGAAAAGCAAUUAGGUCCUGAAUAUCUCUCCGCACGCAGCGGUCCGUCAGGCCAAAAAGUUCAUUAUAUCGCCGCCGAGAAAUGCAUCAAUCUCGCGAACGAGGUCUUCGGCUUCAACGGAUGGUCUUCUAGCAUCCAGAACAUUCAAGUCGAUUUUGUCGACGAGAACCCGCAGACUUUCAAGAUCUCUCUCGGCUUGUCUGUCAUCAUUCGCGUAACGCUACGAGAUGGCACCUAUCACGAGGAUAUCGGGUACGGACACAUCGAGAACUGCAAGGGAAAGGCCGCCGCAUUCGAGAAGGCGAAAAAGGAAGGGACUACGGAUGCGCUGAAGCGUGCUUUGCGGAACUUUGGCAACGUCCUUGGCAACUGUAUCUACGACAAGGAUUAUCUCUCCAAGGUUACCAAGAUGAAGGUUGGGCCCGUCAAGUUCGACGAGGACAACCUCCACCGUCAUUCUGAUUUCGCGAAGAAGACCCCAGACGUUGUCAAGGUUGAGCCAAAGGAGAUUAUGAAUAAGAGUGCGGGUCCUAGCGCUGGUGCUGGUGCUGGGACCGGUACUGAAAAGAUGACCGCGCAUGUAUCGGAUUUGCUUGACGAGGACUUUGGAGAUUUUGAUAUGGUUGAUUUUGGCGUUACGGACGAGGGUCACCCCGACGAGGUCAUACUACCAGCUUCACAUGGAACGAGUUCAAGUGAAAAGUCCCAAACUUUACCAGUUGGCAAUAGCAGUGAUCGCAAUACUUCAUCUACAUCUACAUAUACAUCUGCAAACAGUGCUCCGAAGCAAAUGCAGCCACCCCCGCGGCCAAUGGCCCAACCUCCUAGGCAACCUCAAACCCCAAAUCAGCAAACACCACAGCGACCAGGCGCCUCUUUUCAGGGCCGGCCGAAUCCGCAGCAAUAUCCAAGACCCCUUAGCCACGCUAACAACGCCGCCCAACACGCCGCAGCAAACAACAGAACAAACACGCCACCUCCCCAACCCAGAGCAGCGCCAACAGAGCAGGUCGGGUUCUUCUCAGCCCGAUCGAUUAAAAAGCUGCCCGAAAGCGCCACUCCAGACGCUCCCAUCAUCCCUGUGCAGGGCGCCAAGCCGUUCGAUCCUCAUCUGGACAGUCCCUCGAUCCGGAAAACACCCGGCAUCGACCACAGCUCCUCCAAGCCGCUUAGCAAAGACGGCAAGCACGUUCCCCCCACCAAGAGAGACCCCGAGCCGCAGCGCGGCCCAGGCCCAGCUAACGGACCGGUCGGCAAUAGCUUCUCGAACGCAGUCGGACUAGGCCCCGGUAGACCAAGCACGAGUGGUGUCGGUAAUCCCGCGUUGAACCAGGCCAGACAGAUCGGUGCCCCGGGAGGCGUGGGAAGUCCGAUGGGAAAUAGGGGCCAGUAUCGGCCCUUGACGGUGAAGCGGCCGGCUCCUACGGGGGGCGAAUCUGGGAAUAGGACGCCAUUGACGGAAGUGUCGACAAAUGGUCCUCAAAGUAUAGGCGGAGGUGGUGGAGAAACUGAUCCUAAGAGACAGAAAGUCUCUUAAUUCGCAUAGGUGUGGCUAAAAUCGCUUCUGCAACUGAACUGGCACGGGUAUGGUAUAGGCAAGAGACGGAUUCUUUCUCGGUGGAAAAUGUUCGGCGUUGGGAGUGUUGCUGUUAGCUCUGUUGAUACCAUGUCGACUUCUAUGAUCCUGAGACGCGCAACGGAAACCGAUAGUGGCAUAGCCUAGCUAAUGGACCUGAUCGGAGUUCAAUGAAACGAUAUUUUAACCCUAUCAUUGCCUUAUUUCGAUGUAAUGGGGCCUGGGAGAGUAUCUUGGCCAGUUUGAUGUGAUACAAGAAGUCAAAGUUCUAGUAAUGUUCAUUCAAGUCUUCCAACAUUUAUCAAGCUUCUGUACGGGAUUUCACCAACUACCUAGCCAUCUUAAUAUCUUCCCAGAGCAAAGUACAAAACCCCCGUCAAAUCCAGGCGAGUAAAUUCAUUGCCA